AGAAAGGCAGUGGAGCUGAGGAAGGGGCUGGAACACAAGUCUGCCCAGGAGCAGCUGAGGGAGCUGGGGGAGUCCAGCCUGGAGACAAAGAGGCUGAGGGGAGACCUGCUGGCUCUGCAACUGCCUGAAGGGAGGUUGGAACCAGGAGGCGCCAAUCUCUUCUCCCAAGGAACAAGUGACAGGACAAGGGGAAAUGUCCUGAAGUUGCUCAGGGGAGGUUUAGAAUGGAUAUUGGGAACAAUUUCUUCCCCAAAGCAUUGUCAGGCCCUGGCACAGGCUGCCCAGGGCAGUGGUGGAGUCCCCAUCCCUGGAAGGAUUUCCAAGCCGUGCAGAUGUGGUGCUGAGGGAUGUGGGUUAGUGUUGGCCUUGGCAGUGCUGGGUUAAUGGUUGAACUCAAUGUUGUUAAGGGUGUUUUCCAAGCUAAAUUAUUUCGUUAUGAUGUCACAGAGAUAAGAGAAUUCUUGGAAUGCAGUUGGUGGGACUGACUGCUUUUGCGCUGGGAAUGGAGCCUCUGGUGACACCCGCCUUCCCUCCAUCCACCUCUGGCUCCCUGUCCUAGUCAGCUUCCAAGGUAUGCUGUGUAUUCUUCUCCUGCACCUGCUCUGUUGCGUUACUUGGAUGCCCAUUGAUUUAAACUGGCAUAAAAAUGAAGUAAUUGUUCCCCUGUUAGCCCAGCGAGCUGGCCCGGGCUUGGAGGGGGAGGCAGACUCUGAAAUGAGUGUGGGAAAGAAAGGAGGAGGGAGCAGGAGCAAGCCACGAGGUUCCCUGAUGUCAUCCUACCAUAUCUUAAAGUACUGUUGAGAAGUUUGCUCUGAUGAUUACAAAUUCUUGUACCUUUUUUCCAGUAUCUUUCUGAUUUUAUUCCCCUUUUACCACUUCUCCUCAACUUCUCAGCAUAAAUAUGUUUCCUAUACCCAGGAGACCUUUGCAGGUACAGGCUGCCUCGUUGCACUGUUCCUGUGCCUGGCUUCCAGGGCUUUCUGGCAGGAAGGACUGCAAACAUAAAUUCAACCUGUGGAAUACAAAGAAGGACCAGUUACUCCUCCUGGAUGGCACAGGGCUGGGUGACUGGCGUGUUGGAGAUCUGGAGGAGCCCGUCAUGCCGUGGCUUUUGGGACCCAUUUGAAACCAGUUGAAGCUGGGAUGGCUGAAGUGUUGAUGGCUCUGCUGUCUGCUCUCCUGCUCUGCUCACUUCUCUAUCUUGGAGAUUGCUGCCUGUGAUCUGGGUCUCCUUGCCAUAGACAGCUGUACAUGUGGCACAGAUGAAGAUGAGGCUGAGGACGCGGAAGGCUUCUCAGCAGGCACAUCCCAUCCACACCCAGCGUGCACUGAGGGCCAAGAGGAAACGCUCGGAGGUGGAAGAGAGCCUACCUGGGGGAGGGGGGAAACCACAGAAAAAUGAAACCGGCUUGUUGUCUUCAAUCAAAAAGUUCAUUAAAGGAAGCACACCCAAGGAAGAAAGAGAAAAUCCUGCAAAAAGAAGUAGAAUUGAACGGGAUAUAGAUAACAACUUGAUUACAUCCACGCCUCAAGCAGGAGAAAAGCCUAAUAAACAGAUCUCUCGAGUACGACGGAAAAGUCAAAUGAAUGGAGAAGCUGGAAGUUACGAAAUGACAAACCAGCAUGUAAAGCAAAAUGGAAAAUUAGAAGAUAAUCCUUCCACUGGCAGCCCCCCCCGAACGACGUUACUGGGAACUAUAUUUUCUCCUGUUUUCAAUUUUUUUUCACCAGCAAAUAAAAAUGGAACAUCAGGAUCAGACUCUCCAGGACAAGCUGUUGAAGCUGAAGAAAUAGUCAAGCAGCUUGAUAUGGAGCAGGUAGAUGAGAUCACUACAAGUACAGCAACGUCGACCAACGGAGCAGUGUACGCCAGCCAGGCAGGGCAGGUCAGGUCUGCUGUCAACAAUGGCUUAGAAGAAGUGGAGGAAGCAAAUGACCGUGACCUGCCACCACUAACAGCACCAGUAUCUCCAGACAGUGGCUACUCAUCAGCCCAUGCAGAAGCCACCUAUGAAGAAGACUGGGAAGUCUUUGAUCCAUACUAUUUCAUCAAACAUGUUCCACCACUAACAGAAGAACAACUGAACAGGAAGCCAGCUCUUCCACUGAAAACAAGAAGCACACCAGAAUUCUCAUUAGUUCUAGACUUGGAUGAAACGUUAGUGCACUGUAGUCUAAAUGAGCUAGAAGAUGCUGCACUCACGUUCCCAGUUCUUUUUCAAGAUGUCAUUUACCAGGUCUAUGUCCGGUUAAGGCCAUUCUUCCGAGAAUUCCUGGAACGUAUGUCUCAGAUUUAUGAGAUCAUUCUUUUUACUGCUUCUAAGAAGGUGUAUGCAGACAAGUUGUUGAACAUACUAGACCCCAAAAAGCAACUGGUCAGGCAUCGACUUUUCCGCGAGCAUUGUGUUUGUGUGCAAGGCAAUUACAUAAAGGAUCUAAACAUUCUGGGUAGAGAUCUUUCAAAAACCAUCAUCAUUGACAAUUCACCGCAAGCCUUUGCUUACCAGCUUUCAAAUGGAAUUCCUAUAGAAAGCUGGUUCAUGGAUAAAAAUGACAAUGAACUCCUAAAAUUGAUUCCAUUUCUGGAGAAACUUGUAGAGCUGAAUGAAGAUGUCCGACCUCACAUCAGAGACAGAUUUCGCUUGCAUGACUUGCUACCCCCAGAUUAAAGCCUUUUGUCCACUUAUUGAAGGGGGAGAAAGUGCAGGACCCUUUUGGACUAAAACAAAACAUUGCCAUUACUGUUGAAAUUUUGCAUUUUUGUACCCCGUCUUGCUUUUCUUAUCUUUGGUGCCCAACAAUAAUCAAGGGUUACAGGAAGAGACUCGAUACCUGAGGUGGAAUCCAUUCAGUACGAUACAGUACGACGCAGUCGGUAGGCUAGAACAGAAAAGUCUUUAGAACUAGUGCAACUCCAAGGAAAUUUUUUUAUGUACAGGACAUCUGCAGUUUAUAAAGAAUUCUGUUUCUGCCACCAGCAGUUUGACCUGUAGAAACACAGGAUUUUAUGAUACAACAGAGAUUGAAAAUGGACUCUGAUUUUCUCUCUGUUUGGUGCUCUAAGUGGGUUUGUAGCCACUUUUCUGUUACUUUUAAGAUUCUCAUUUCAACAGGAAUGGCCAGUAAAAGUUGUUUUAUUUUUCCUGUUAAGGUUUAUAACCUUUUUACAUUUUUGACCUGUAUUAGAUUAGAAUUUCAUUAUGCAUUCCUUUUAGUUGAGGCGCUUCAUAGAUUUUCUGGAAAUAGCCAAAUUUUGUUAGUUUUUUAUUAAACAGUUGGAUGGCCGUUUUCCUGCUUCGUCUGCCUGCAUCCUGUAUAUUUGUUUAAAAAUAUUCUCUAGUUUUAGUCCAUGUAAGUUUCAUUUAGAAAGGAAAACCCUGCAUUUAUAUUUUCUUUCUGUAAUAUUCUACUGUAGUUGAAAUCUUUUCAAAAAUCAAGAGACUGGCUAGAUAAGAAUAUAAGAAUUACUAAUAUUCAGAAUAUUUUAAACCAUUGUGAUGGCAUGUACUCUGGACAGACGAUAUCUUGCAGUGGCACAACCAACUGAUGGACAAGGAAUACCUCAGACUAUGCUGUGCAUGCAGAUCUUGCAAGGAGAACUAGUUUGGUCACCUCCUAGGUUUGAUGCAAUUCAGUUACUGCUGCCUUCUGUUUCCUCCAGGAUUGAAGUAUUCUGCACAGUGGCUCAGUAUUUCCAGGUGUGUGGCAGGGGCUGCCCGUGCCCCCUGGCACUCCUGGCUACAAUCAGCCCCAGGCUGGGGGUGCCAGUGGGGGGACAGGCAGUGGCCCUGCACAGUGCUCCCGACACUCCGGCAGGCAGCCUGCUGUCAUAGUGGUUUCUACGCUCUAUGGAAAUAGUCUCUCAGCCUUGGGUCUCUAAUGCAGCCACUACAAGAGGUGGAUAUUUUUAUAAUGGUGUGUAAUCUCCUUUUCCGGAGGCUUUUUAUGGAAGGUAUAAUUUGUAAAAGUUAGGAUGCUUUGCCUCUCGACUGCAUUAACGCGCCACAGGCUCAGACUGUUUGUGUGUAAAAGAUGUCACAGAACGGCACUUUUUCUAAAGAGAAGUUUGAUAUUUUGUAUGCUUGUUAAGAAAGUACAGUAUUGGAAAUUAAAGGUGGACGACUCAUAAUUGAGAAGUAUGUCAAUUAAUUUUUUAUGUAUAUUACCUGUUUACUUGUACAAUUUUAUUGUACAAAUUACAUGCAGCUUCAUUUUCAAAUGAGUCCUUAAAAUAAGGAAAAUCUUUUUAGGAAAACAUUUAAUUUUUGUAUUUUUGAUUUUAAAAGGCAUGAGUUAUGUCAACUUUUUCCAGUGUAUUAAUGAAGAUUUUAACUUUUCAUCAGGUUGAGUGUUUUCUUACUAUAUUAUCUGUUGUGUAUGUAGCUAGCACAUUGUGUCACUGAACUGUUUAAAGAAUUAGCAUGUAGAGCAAGCCUGUUUUGUGGAAAAUCCUUAUUCAUUAAAAAAGCAAAUCAUCAUGGCAGAUUUUCUGCAAAAAGUGAAAACAUUUGCAAUUCAGAAUACUGAUUUUUUUUGUAUUUAAAGAAAGGUAUUUUGCUUGCAGGAAAGAAAUACUACAGAUUCAUUUUAAUGAGAAUCUUUUAAAUGUAUUUAUCUUUAGGGCAUCUGGGCAUCUUUACGCUGUUUGUCUUAUGUCUUUAUUGAAAUAAAAUGUACAUAACAUGACCUUUA